AUGCUGGAUGAUUUCUCUGCCGUCAAGAUCGAGCCAAAAAAGCCCGAGGUCCCAGCAGCUGGACCAGGCAGGCCUUCAACGACAUUAGCUCCAGCCCAAAAAGAAAAAUCCGCAACGGCCGAAGAUGACGUUCUCUCGGAUGACGACUUUGCAAAACAGCUUCAAGCUGGCAUGGCUGAGUUAAUGGGGGAGAUGGAGAACUCGCCGGAAAUGCAAGCUCAGUUUGAGAGCAUAUUCAAAGAACUCGGCGCCGCAGCAGCAGCCACAGGAGACCCCUCGUCAAGCGGCGCUGCACCUAGCUCUGGCGCCCCCGGGAAUCCACAGGCAGCAUCAUCCAGCGGUGCGGACGCCUCGUUCCAGGACACCAUCCGCCGCACGAUGGAGCGCAUGCAGAACUCUGGCGACCAGGCCACUGCCGCUGCUCAAAGCGAAGGCUCAGACGACUUCAUGGCGGAGCUGCUGAAGCAGAUGCAGGCAGGCGGCCUGGGGGAGGGUGGUGUCGAGGGGAGCGAGGAGGAGUUCUCCAAGAUGCUUCUGGGCAUGAUGGAGCAGCUGACCAACAAGGACAUACUGUACGAGCCCAUGAAGGAGCUGAAUGAUAAAUUUCCCGGAUGGAUGGAGAAGAACAAGGACACAGUUUCGGAGGAGGACAAGAAGCGGUACGAGCUGCAGCAGGGUUUUGUGAAGGAGAUAGUGGCCAAAUUCGAGGAGACCACAUACUCAGACUCGAAUGCAGCAGAUCGGGAGUAUAUUGUGGACAGGAUGCAAAAAAUGCAGGCUGCGGGAUCUCCGCCGCCGGAUCUGGUGGGUGAUAUGCCAUCAGCGCAAGACGCUCUCAACGCUCCUGACGCAGAAUCGUGUAACCCUCAAUGA